ACGUUUACUACUACGAAAGCAGGUGGGAGUAAAGUAUCGCGUAAUAACAACAGUCUCUGACCUGAAGCUCAAAGCUCGUAUGUGCAUGUGAUAUGUGCAAAAUAUGUACGUGUGCCACGUUGCCCAAAUGCAGUACCGGUACGGUACGUGGUUUCGCAGGGGUUGAGCUUUGACACAGAAAUGAGGCUACUUCGGGAGAGAAUUAGAUGAUUUUAGGCAGGACUUGAAAUAAAUUUUUCUCAUUUUAACCGCUCUUGUAUUGAACUUUCAUCGUCAACAUAACAUCAUAGCUUUAAAAUGUGUGAAAUCAUACUAUUUCUUAGUAUUUUUGUGACACUGUGUUUGCUUGCCGUCUCGCAAGCUGUUGAAUUGACUUUUGAGUUGCCAGAUAACGCCAACCAGUGCUUUCAUGAGGAUGUGGAAAAAGAUGUGAAAAUCAUUCUUGAAUAUCAGGUUGUAACAGGUGGGCAGUAUGAUGUGGAUGUUCUGGUAAAAUCUCCCAGUGGCACUGUGGUCUACAAGGAGAAGAGAAAACAAUAUGACACAUUUACUUGGACUACAGAUCAAGCUGGGACUAUAGAAUUCUGCUUCAGCAAUGAGUUCUCAACAUUUGCACAUAAGGUUGUCUACUUUGACUUCAUGGCAGGAGAUGAAGAUCCUCUUAUUAGAGAUAUUGGAGCUCAUGCUACAGCAUUAACACAGUUGGAGACAUCUUGUGUGACAAUCCAUGAAGCUCUUAAAGCUGUAGUCAACUUCCAGACACAUUAUAGGUUACGAGAAGCAAAGGGGAGAGCUCAGGCAGAGCGUCUUAAUCAGAGAGUCCAUCUUUGGUCUUUAGGAGAAUUUAUCUUAAUUCUUAUUAUUGGUAUAGGUCAAGUUAUUGUUCUUCGUAGUUUUUUCACGGACAGAAAAAACAAAACUGGCAGAGCAUAGUUAUUAGUAGGAAUUUAUUUUUCACUGUUUAGUUCUAGGUUGAAUAUAUUUUGGAGAUGUUCUUGUCCCUGUUUUUGUUUAUUGUUUGCCUUGAAAUUGAUGAACUUUUGUGGUGGUUUGUUGUUUUUGUUUUUGUUACGAGAAUAAAAGGUCCAUACCCAAGUUAUUCUAUGGUAAGUAUAUAAUUGACAUAACCAAUAUGGAAUGUUAAUUCAAUUACAUUUUAUUCAAAGAAUUAGGGAAAGUUCAUAAAAGUUCCAACAGCCUUUUCUACUGCUUUCCUAAUUUGACUUUCAGAUUAUUUAUGCAAGAAAUCCAGGUUAAUAAUAGAAAUGGGUUUCCUGUAAACUUUCUGUCACAUUUUUUCGUCAUUUAAUUGCUUGUAAUUUAUUAGCUUUGUCCGCUUUUCUUUCAAGGACAAUCUAACCAAAGUAGUUCAUUUUUUAAAGCAAAAAAAAAAAAAAAAAUAAAAAUGCAAAGUUGCAGAGGGGAUUAAGUUUGAAAUAGAUCAGACCAAUUUUCUUUGGAAAUAUUAUUUAGCUGGGUAAGUCUAUCUAGUUGGGUGUGUUUUUGUGACAUACUAGAACCAAAAAAAGUGUCUCUUUUAAAAUAGGCAAAUAUCUUCCAAUGAUAAGUUCAGCAUAAAUUGGUGUCCCACAAAGGUUUUCUUAUUAAACAUCAUGAUGUUGUGCAACUUCAGACCUGUCAAUUUAUUGCCAGUGAUAGAUUGUGAUGUCCAUGUAAUAUUGAUAAAAAAGUAUCUUGCAACUACAACAAACCCAGAAAAGUUAUCAAGAUCUAACAUGAAUUAAUAUGAUAGGAGGCAUUCCUCACAUUGAUACAUCAAAUCUGAGAUCUUCACUGUAAAAUACAUAGUUUAUACCUACAUUACAUGGACAUCUUGUAAUUUUCUUUUUACUCAACCCAAUUGACUUACCCAGCUUCUCCUGUUUCCUGGGGUAAUACUCAAAUACAUCGUUAAAAGGCCUCAGUUCACUUUUAAAAAUCUUGCUAAUUAAUGCAUAUUCACAUGAGUAUCUUGAUAUGUGAGAAUUGUUCAGCACCUUAGGAUACAUGCACAUCACAACAAUACCACCAUUUCAGUUAUUUUGAUGUACCGGUACCUAUAUUGUUUAUAUUUUAUUAAUGUAAUUAUAUAAGUUACAUAGAAAAUAUCUUAUUAAUUGUCCACCUAUACCAUAUUAAUUAUCUUGAUGCAUAUAGGUUUCCUUUAAAAAAGGGGUUGUUUCACAUGAAUCGUUACUUUGUUGUAGUCCAAUGUAUUCAGAAGAAAUAAUAAGUUUAAAUGGGUAUCAAUUUUGUUUAAAAAUACAUAGUACCAUGUCAUUUAUUGCAAGGUAUGCAGGAUAGUCUAAUUAAAGGAAAGGUGAUUUAUUGAUAAUUUUGUGUGCCGUUCCCAGUAUUACGAUCAUUGCUUUGGUUUAGUAUUGUUUCAUUGUAUAAUGGUUUUUCUUUCUAAACAAAUACUAGUAGUUCAUACCAGCUGACAACGAAAUGUCAAAUCUCCUUAUCCUCAGACCAGGCAUUACAGAAAGAUCGAUUUCUAUUUUUCCAAAAGCACAAUCAUAUUACAUACAUGUAUGAAAGCAAAUUUUGGAGUCUGUAUGCAACAACAAAAAACUUUUUUCCUCAUUAUUACUAAUUGAAUUUAAACAAAAGCAUACAAGCUGUAUAGUGAACUUAAAGUUUGAAUGUUUGUCUACUUUGUCAGUUUGGGCAAUAUUGUUAAUAAUUUUGUAGUAGGAAGUUUUGUUCGUCUUUAAUGUCGAAAUUGUAAAUGUGUGUUUACAUGUACGUGGAGAAUCAUAAAGUUCUGUGAACUUGCUGGCUGUUAUGUACAGUAUGUGAUAUUAUGUGAAAUAGCACAUCUGAUGGAAGAUAUACUGUAUGAAGACAUACAGUAUAUAGUUACUCUUCAUUUGAUGUAGAUGUUUAGGAAAAAUAAUUCUUGGUAUUUAUACUUUCAUUGAGCAUUCUUCUUAGUGGCGUAUCUUGGAAACAACUGUCAGGGCAAGCACUGAUAUCAUAUCUCUUAAAUUCUGAUGUUAGCAUUAAGUGUUUUUUUUUGCUUUUUUAAGUAAUUAAACUUACAAGUAUUUAUCAUUGUUAUUAGUCACUUAUGAUUUUUUGGUGGACCAGGGGAAACCGCCCACUCGCCCCCAAGAUACGACAUUGAUUCUACAUAUGUCUUAAUGAAUCGUCUUUUAUUAUCUUUAUAUCAAGGUGUAAAUUUACAUUUCCUUUUUUUUUUGGAAUCAUUUAACAAACAUUUGUAAAUAGAUAAGAGAUAUUUUGUAUAGUUCUUUGUUUGUUUAAAUAUCAAGAGAAUGAGGUCAUAUGUUACAAUUUAGAAAAUGUUUUAUGUAGACUAGACUUGAAAUAAUCACAUGGUCAUCUUCAUUUUAGCCUCGUCUUGUCUCAAAGAGUAUGAACAUUGUGAACAUGUAUUUAUAAAUAAUGCUUUCACUAUCAUUAUGCUAUGCUUGAAUAUCCUUUGUGAGUAGACCUUUUGUAUAGAUUGCUAUUGUGAAAUUGUAUAGAUCAUAUUGUUUUGUCUCUACCAAUACAAAUAAUCCUACGUAUCUGUUGUUUAUUUAAGUGUAGUUCUCUUCACAGAUGCAUACUUGGUUUGCUUGCAUGAUUUCAAUUUCCAGUAUAAGAUUUCUUUCGUGUUGAAUUUCAUGAUUAUCAUGAACCCUUUUUUCUAUGUAGGUAUCAUGACAUGACCAAUGAAAAGCGGCGUUUUCUGAUUUUGUAUGUAUUUCUGGAUUUAGGAUACAUGGUAGUUAAUGAGGGGAUGUAGUCAGCUCAUCCAGGGAACCUGACUUAAAGCACUGAUUAGCAAACUAAAGAAUGCAUGACUUUCAUUCUAUUAUUCUAUAGUACAUUUGUAUAAUGAUAUUACUUUGGUUAAAACUAUUUCUUACGAUUAAAACCUUUUUUCUUGGAGAGAUAAUCAGGUGAAUAUAGUUGUAAUGAUUUUAUCAAAUUAAAGUUGAUUGGAUCUCUGAUA